AACUCAUCGAACAUUCAAACAAACAUCUUCAUCCACUAAAUAUAGUACUUAAUUACUUACCAUCAUUAGCUAUCCAUGGCUACUAAUACUACUACUUAUAUCCUUCUUGUUAAAGUUCUUGUAGUUGUGUAUUUAACUGCAGCAGCUUCUUCUGCUGCUGGAAAUUUCAACCAGAAAUUUGACCUAACUUGGGGCGAUGGUCGUGCCAAGAUCCUAAAUAACGGUCAGUAUCUAACCCUCUCACUUGACAAAUCGUCUGGAUCUGGUUUCCAGUCUAAGAACCAAUACCUCUUUGGGAAAAUUGACAUGCAAAUCAAACUUGUCCAUGGAAACUCAGCUGGUACAGUGACUGCUUACUACUUAUCCUCCCAAGGACCUACCCACGAUGAAGUAGACUUCGAAUUUCUGGGUAACGUUACCGGUCAGCCAUACACUCUCCAUACAAACGUUUUCACCCAAGGGAAAGGUGGCAGAGAGCAACAAUUCCGUCUCUGGUUCGACCCUACUGCCGACUUUCACACCUAUUCUGUUCUCUGGAACCCCCGCAGAAUUAUAUUUUCCGUGGAUGGUACACCCAUCAGAGAAUUUAAGAACAUGGAAUCAAUUGGAGUCCCGUUCCCAAAGAGCCAGCCAAUGCGGAUAUACUCAAGCCUCUGGGACGCCGAGGAUUGGGCAACGCAAGGCGGGCGGGUCAAGACGGACUGGACCAAGGCUCCAUUUACAGCUUCUUACAGAAACUUCAAUGCCAAUGCAUGUGUUUGGUCAAACAGAAGAUCUUCAUGUCGUGGGUCCGGGUCAACAUCUUCCUGGAUGAAACAACAGCUUGAUACUAUAAGUCAGCAGAGGCUGCGAUGGGUGCAGAAGAACUCCAUGAUUUACAACUACUGCACAGAUACACAAAGGUUCCCUCAGGGCUUUCCUAAGGAAUGCACAGUUACCUAAUAAAGUCACAAGUUUUGUAAUAUAGUUUCUGCUUUCUGCUAAGUGUAGAUUUUUCUGUAUGUAUUUGUUUUUGUACAGAAGUCUCAUACAUGAGAAAUAAGUUUGUAUUCAUAAACUGUUUCAUCUUUAUAAAGUAGUAAUAGUAAGAAAUAAGUUUGUAUUUAUGCAACGAAGUACGGAGUAUAUAAACUUCAGAAAUAAAAUAAAAACAAAGUCAUGAGAUUAUUAGAAUCAACUAAAAA